AAAAAGAAUAUAAAAAGAAAUCCACUGGAAAAGGAUGAUAGGCUUUCGGAUCGGAUUCGAGAUGCUUGUAACACUAUAACUACUGAAGACUGCCAAGGCUGGAUACGACACUCUGAAAGCUUUUGGGAAAGAUGCAUUAGCAAAGAACUAGAAUUAAGAUGA